AUGCGAAUUCAUUUGUAUGUUUUCAUACUUCUAUGCAAUGUCGUAUUCCACCAUGGAGCGACUGAUCACACGCUGAUAACAUCAUCUUACAUCAAACAACAGAUCGUCGAAACCAUUAUUCCUCCAUACUAUACAGCGUACACAAUCUUAAACAGAGAAAUUGUGCAAAAGCUAUUAACAACUCAUAUUGAUAUAGAUGAGACAGCCGUGCAAACAUUGACCGAUUCACUAUUAUGUUCCGCUAAAAAUAUUCAGAACAAGUUACAGAACACAACAGAAGCUAUGGAAAGGAUUCGUUAUACAGUCGAUCAAUAUAUUAUACAGCUUGUUUCUGCUAUUUCUGAUCAAGAAGAACAAGUUCGUCAAAAUGAACACGCAGUUAGUCAAGUGCAUAAAGACGUGCAGCAUGCUCGAGAUCAAGUUGCGAUUGUUCAAAAGACUGUACAGGAGUGCGAGAGUUCAUUGAGUCGGGCUAUCAUUUCAAUGCGAGAAGCGCAUGAGGAAGUGAAACGAGCACUAGUGUGUUACAUACGAAAACGCAAAGGAGUUUGGGGUUUUGUUCUGAGAAUAUUAGGAAUACUCGCUAAACCAAUAUGUCGUGUAAUUAAUCGGACUGGCAUCAGUCGGGCAAAGAGAACACGCACAAUCACCGAAGACAAUCUCGCUCAUGCCUAUCAACGUCUUCAAAUUCAGCAAGAGAAAUUUGUGAAUAAACAAGCAAAAUUAGGGACCGCUAAAGUGCAAUUGAAUGCUACAAAUGCUCAACUACAAACAACUGUAUCGACCCUGAACGAACAACGGGAACAACAGAAAUUAGUGGCUUCGUUAACAAGCCAGAUUAAAGGUGUUGAAGUUCAUCUAGUUCAUGUAUUCAGUUCAUCAAAAGCACUACAAGAUGCAUUAGUUAACAUGAUGGAUUUCGAGCUUGUUCUUGAACCGCUGAAGAGUGUGUCCAUUGGAAUGGCCAAGUUACAUGCAAUAGAAUGGCUUGACUGGAAUAUAUCGACUGAAAACUAUCAUCAGAUUAAUCUAACUCUGACAAGGUUAGCCGAAAUCCUGGCUAAAAUGCCAUUGAAAGUGAUGUUUUCGAACGAAACAGCGGGUAACUGUAGUCUUUCUUCCAAUGUACCAUUGCAGAACGUUUCUCAUACAGAAGUAGAAGUAAAACGAUCUAUGGCUGAUGUAGAGAGGGAGCAAAUCAACUAUCCAUUGGGCAUCUUCGUAGAUACAGAUAAAACGGUAUACAUUGCUGAUCAGUUCCAAGACAGUAUUGUAUUGUGGAAGACAAAUGGGAAAACGGGUCAAAUAGUAGCGGGUGGCCAUGGAAGAGGAAAUGCAUUGAAUCAAUUCAGUAUGCCAACAGAUGUUCUGAUCGACAAGAGAACGAAUAGUUUUAUCAUUUGUGAUGCCGGCAAUAGACGAAUCAUCAAAUGGUGUCGCAAACGAGGUACUACAAGCGGUAUAAUAGUAAUCCAUAAUAUCAGCUGUUUUGGCAUAGCUCAAGAUCGACAGGAAUAUCUCUACGUGAGUGUUAUAGAGAAGAAUGAGAUUCGACGAUUUUCUAGAGACAAUAAUUACGCGAGAGGAAGGAUUGUUGCUGGCGGCAACGGAAAAGGCGAUGGCCUAAACCAAUUCAAUUUUCCUGGCCACCUCUUUGUUGAUACAGAACAGUCAAUCUAUGUAUCCGAUUGGAAUAAUAGGCGUAUGAUGAAAUGGAUCAGAGGUGCCUACCAAGGAAUAGUUUUUAGUAAUCACAUAGUUCCUCCAAUGAAUGCCCAUUGGGAGUAUCGUAAUACGAUUAUUUUACAUGGUCCUGAAAGAAACGCAACAAAAGGUCAAUCUCUUAACAUUAGAAAUUUCUAUAUGGAUAAAGAUCAGACAUUAUUUGGUGCUGACUCUAAGAAUCAUCGUAUAUUAGAAUGGAAGGCAGGAGCAACAGUAAGUCGAGUCGUGAUUGGUGGCCAUGGACCAGGAAAUGGCUUACAUCAAUUGAAUGAUCCCAGAGAUGUAAUUGUAGACGAAAAUAGCAUGUUUAUAUGCGAUUACGGAAACCGACGAGUUAUGUUUUGGCCUAACCGAAACGGUGAAAAGGGCGAACUGUUUAUUGAUGACAUUCUAUGUUGGAAAUUGGCAAUAGAUGACCAAGGCUCGCUUUAUGUGACACAUAUGUGGGGAGGAGAAGUGAGACGCUAUCGUGUCGGCGAAAAUGUAACCGUGGUGGCAGGUGGCAAUAGCAUAGGAGGUGGUCUCAAUCAACUCAGCACUCCUCUCUCUAUUUUCGUCGACCAAGAUUAUUCAGUUUAUGUGUUAGACGCAAGAGUUACGUUCGGAUGGAAUCAUGUGGAAUAUUGGCGUGUGGUAAAGUGGGCCAAAGAUGCGGAAGAAGGAAUACUUAUUGGUGAGGGUCAUAAUCCACAGAGCAUUUCAAUAGGAUCCGUGCAUUCACAUGGAAUGUUCGUUGAUUCAUUAGGCACCGUGUAUGCGGUAGAUCCGAUAUACGGUCGAGUAAUGCGUUGGCUUAAACACGCAACACAAGGCAUCGCCAUUGUCACACAAGGCUGCCCACUACCUGGAAAACAUGAUACUACCCGUCGGUUUAUAGUAUUUGAUCGUCGUGGAGAUCUAUAUGCUUCAGACAUUGAUGGUCCUAUGCUACAGAGAUUCUCGCUUGUCAGGCAGUUGAAUAAACUUCAAGAGACUACGGCGUCAUCAGGAUUCCAUUUUUCAUGUUCAGCUGCCAAACCAAAUAUUACAAAAACUAGUAGAUGGGCACAGCGGGGUACCGAAUUAACCAAGGUAACUGACCAUGGCGUAAGAACUUAUGAUCCCACUGAGCCUUUCGGCCUUUGUGUAAGCCAAGAGGGUGACACUAUAUUGGUAACUAAGGAGGUAUAUCAUCGCGUCGAACAAUGGAGAUUAGAUGUUCCUAACAAGUAUAAAAUGCAAAUUGUUGCUGGUGGUGAUUAUCCAGGUUCGGAAAAUAAUGAGCUAUACUAUCCGCAGCAGGUUAUUAUCGAUCAAAAAAGUUUGAUAAUAUGUGAUCAGCUGAAUAAGAGGAUUGUGCGCUGGCCUUAUGAAAACGGCACAGCCGGCGAAAUUAUUCUAGGAAAUAUUUCUUGUGCUGGCAUCGCAUUAGAUGAUCAACGAUCUCUCUAUGUUGUUCAUCCGUGGAAAGACGAAGUUCGCCGUUAUCGAUUCGGAGAAACAAACGGAACACUGGUAGCAGGCGGAUAUGGUAAAGGCAAAGGUCUCAAUCAACUUGAAGAUCCUACCCAUGUCUUUGUCGAUCAAGACUAUUCUGUCUACGUGUCCGACACUGAGAAUCAUCGUGUGAUGAAAUGGAUAAAAGGCGCCAAAGAAGGUAUCAUUGUUGCUGGUGGUCACGGUAACGGCAAUAGUAUGACGCAAUUAAGCUACCCAAAAGGAGUGUUCGUCGAUUCAUUCGGAACAGUUUACGUGGCAGAUCGUGCCAAUCAUCGAAUAAUGCGUUGGGUCAAGGGAGCAACAGAAGGAACUGUCGUUAUUGAUGGAAAUAUUGAUGUUGAAUGCGAAUACUAUCGAUUCAAAUCGCCUGAAGCUUUAGUAUUCGAUCAGUAUGGUAAUAUGUAUGUUAGUGAGCCUUCUAACCAUAGAGUUCAACGAUUUAAUAUACUUUCUUGA